UCUGAGCAUCCAAAGACAAGAGGAAGAGCUAAUUAUAACGCUGAUAUAUACGAUCUCACUAAGAUCUCAUUUCAUUCUCAAAACUUGUUUGUUUUCUGUUUCUUUAAUAUCAUCUAUAAGUUUUAUAUACAUACGUAAUGUCUGGAAGAGGGAAAGUGAAAUCGGAGCCGAUGAAGGUUGUUUUCAUAAACACACAGUACGUUGAGACAGAUGCUCGUAGCUUCAAGACCGUUGUUCAAGAACUCACAGGUAAGGACGCCAUCGUCGCCGCCGGUCCUUUUGACUCCCCAUCCGCCUCCGACAGCCGUUGUUACGGUGGCCGUGGUAGUAAAAUCGGUGAAGAUACCAGACAGUUCUACGGCGGCGGAGGAGGAGGUGGAUCAGGACGAUUAGAGUCGACGACGGAGUUCGAUACAUUUUUCAAGGAGAUGCCUCAGAUGGAGGAGUUUUAUAAACUAUGGUCAGAAACUUGAGUCAAUUAAAAUUAUAUGUCGUCAAUGAUUUUAAUUAUUCUCUUUCUUCUUGAAAUCGAAUCGUUCUCUUUAUCCUCCCA